GUUACUGGCUGGAGGUCUACUUCCCUUUCAAUCAAAAGAUGCGAGAGGAUAUUAGUUAGUUUCGUUACGAUCGCAAGUUCGUACUACAUCAAUUCGCGAGCUGCGCAUACAUCUGAUGGAGCAGGCCUUUGGGCAUUUAGUGCCUUCGUGAUCUUGAUAUUCGCCUGCCCGAGAACUCUCCAGAUGUCCUCCACCACCUCCUCAACCAAUGGCAGCAAAAGGUCGACUGGUCCCCGGGUGACCUACCUGAUAGAGGACGUGAGCGCGGCCUCGAAAGACCGCAGGACGAAUGGAGGCGGUAACCAGAAUGGCGGGGGACCGCCUGUCACAGAGCCAGACGAGUACGAUCUGACCCCCGCGAACAACAGCCCUGUAGACGGCAUCGAUUUUCUCGGGGCGACCACCUCCGACGGAAGACAGCAGCUUCAAGACGGUCUACACCGCUUCCAACUGUCCCAGGAGUACCAGGCUCUGGACAAUGCGAUAUCCUGUGCAAAAGUAUCGUACUCGUAGUAAUUGCAGUCAUGCAUUACUAGAAAUCUCCUUCUUAACCUAAAUCCGCAUUACAAAUUCCAUUUUUCAUGCUGAGCGAAUUUGUCAUGCGAUUUCUACUAGUGCGAUGCUUUUGCAUUUCAUAUGCGAUGGCGAUGAGCGACUUCCUGCGGUCGAGCGGCAGUAGCAUAGUAGCUUCCUGCGGUGAGCUAGUUGACGACGCGAUGUUGAAAACGACCUCCGACAUGAAAUCCGCAUCCCUGCGAAUUUCAGAGCCGCCUGCACCAGCAGCAUCCGGUGGCGGCGCACCAGUAGGUGUAGAAGCUGCAGCUAGCACAGAUCCUGAAGCCAAUCGUCUAGAAUCAGCUUCGACGAACAAGAACCGUGCACGACGACGAGGCAGCACGACGAGUGGCGAAGAAGACCAAGACCAUGAAGAGGACCACGCAAACCUUCAUCUGCGCACCGGCAGCAUGGAGUGGGGGCUGAGUGAUCUUCUCAACGCAUCCGAUGCGAACGAAGAGGACAUGAAUAACCUCGACGGUUUUCAUUUACCCGUGCUCGGUGGGAAUGGUAAUGGGGGAGGUGGUGCAGCUGCAGGUACAACUCGUGCAGCAGCCGGUGGAACAGGUGCAGCUAGUAUCAACCACGACAAUCUAGACCACAGUGCCUUCGCUUCCGUAAAGGACGAAAAGUCCUUUUCGUAUUCCACACAAGAACUGCUACCGCAGGAGGAGAACAAAUCCAGUUCCUCUACGCAGCACGAAGCUGCUGUCAACCGGCUUUUCCAGGAGGACCAGUGCGAAGACGACAAAAUCAGCUCCAUGCUACAGAAAAACCAGGAGUUAAUGGACGAAGUGAACAGCCGGGGCGGGUGGAGCAAGUCUACGGCUUCGUACCACAGUGGUCAGGAAGACGUCGAUAAUUACACCUCUCCGCAGGAGGACCUACUUCACGCUGGCCGUCCACGAGGACAAGCAACGACGACCCGGAAUUCAUCAUCUGCCGGAAGUUCUUCCUUGACGAGUUUCAAUCUGAGCAACACGGUCACUAUGCAGCCAGCUGCUACAGCGACCACUUCCGGGGGCAGUGGCCGCGGUGCGCCAUCCUCCGAUCCCCAUUCCUUUGGUGGAGGUCGUGCGGGUUCUGGUUCAUCUUUUCCCGAGGGUUUCAUUUUCUUUGCGCCGGACCAAAAUUUCAAUUCCACCAAUUCGAGAAAUGUUCUUAAUAAGGAACCCCGCGGCGGUGAUUGUUCCUCCAGCCGACGACCGGCUAUUGCGGCUUCUUCUGGACAAGAAAUAAACAACGGCACUUCGACGAGUGCGUUUGGUUCGUCUUCUUCAUCCUCGUCUUCGGCCGCAAACAGCUUUUCUGGAGCAGCCGCUGCAGCUGGGGACGAGGACUUUAUUUCUAGCAGCUCUUGUUCUGCCACUGGCACUGACGACAACGAGAGGACGAACGCGGAUUUGACUAAAGGCGGAAUGAUUUCAAACACCGUAAGCAAGCAAAAGCCAGUACCUCGUCCCGCUUCUGUCGGCGCCGCGAAAACGAAGUUCUUCGUGCGGAACGAUAUCUACGGGACCGGUUCGGCGUUUCAAGUCGAUUUCGACCACGAACGGGCGCGCGUGCAGGAAGAAGCGAACUCGUGGCAGAGGAAGUUGGCGACGGGCGGCCGGGCAGGUGGUGGUCGCAGUGGAAACACUGCAGCGGGUCGUGGAUCUUACGAAGAAGACAACAGCGCAUCCUGGUCCACCGGGGGGACGAUAUCGAGGAAAACAAAGCUACCUACGGCAAGCUUCACUUUUCUUUCGUCAUCGGGGGAGGCUGGCGCUGAAGGUCUUGGUGCAGGCAAUGUCGAUGACGAGUAUAGUAGACACACACAUGACGCAUCUGUAGUUGGAAGAAGCACUAAGCCCGAAGAAGAUGAACCUCCGCGGCCCCGCUCUGUCACAACACCAAAGUCGCGUACCCAACUCCUGAUUUGGCCCGAGCACGGAAGUCGAAGCAACCAGACGAGUAGAACAAGUUCAUGGCGUAGCAGGACUAGAAGCGUUUUUGGGCAGCAGUGCAGCGCUCGCACGAAUUUUCUGUUUUACAAUUCGCCACGGGCGGGAGUUGGUGGUGCGAACGAGCAAACGGGAGGAGGUAGUUCGUUUGCAAAUGACGGAGUUUUUACAACUGGUGUUGGAAAUACAGAUGCUUCGGCAAACGAUACUCAUACUGCAACUGCCGCAGCCCUCGAUGCUACUACGAGGAGGAACAGCAGCUCCAGGCCUUUUUCUUACUUGAACCACAACUCUCUGUUCCCGUAUAAUCCGGUUCCCUCCACUUCUUCGCAAGACGGACCCCCGAAAGUGAUAUCGCUCGAGCCCACAAGCGCCCGCUCCCCGAACUACCGGCGAUUGUACGACUUUCUCGGAAGCACGCCGAAUGAGAAAAACUUGAGCGCCGGUGCGAUCGGGAUCGGCUUGGUGCCAGGAGAGAAGAAAAAGUACACCAACAGCUCUGGUGGCACAAUUUCUCUUUGCCGACCCAACUUUCUACCCGAGGUAGAUUGCGUCUCGGGGGUUUUUUCCAAACUAAACCCGAGCAGGCUGCUGUUCCCCUCUGGCAGCUCUGCGUCGGCGUCAGCAGCAGCAGGAGCAACAGCGGCUGGCUCAGCUGAACAACCCGACGUCGGCACUACAGCACGGCCCCCUCCUGUCCGCACCCCGGAGCGGCUUCGGAAGAUUGAGCAGCAAUACUCCGAGCUGUACUCCCCCAUUCGAAAGCGGGUUUUGAGCCCCAAACACCCUAUGGCGGUGGCGUCCACGGGUUACGUGGGCUCCCGGCUGCAGAGUAUCCCGCCGCUGCAGCAGGCUCACAUCGCCAACGACAUACACGUGGCUUCCACGCUGAUCCAACAGCCCAGCCCAAACAAACUGUAUCUGCAUUCGGAGUCUCUGACUGCGGGUAGCGAGUAUUUGGGUUUCGGGCUGGCAUCAACAGGAUCUAGUAGUACUCGUCUGGGCAGGGGCGGAGGUGGUGAUCUCUUCGCGAAGUCCGCGUUCGCAUCGCCGCGUAAACGGGACUGGAACCACGAUCGGGUUGUCCCCGGCGGCGCGUCGACGAGAGCCAUGAGCAGCGGCAAGGGAGAUAGGGUGCUUUCUCCUUCAUCUCUGACCAAGAUUGAUGAUGAGAUGAGAGGACACCAAAGCAGCAGCCUCUCUAUGCCACGCCACAGCAAAAUAAACUUGUUCACCGCCUCUCUGAAAGACGAGGAGCGGAGAAGGAUGAAACCCAACUACGCACACCUUACCGACGACCUUCUGAAAGAGGAGCUUACCGGAUUGAGGAACUACUACCGGAAAGUAAAUCGGAUGACAACUACAUCCUCGCGCGCAGCCUCGUCGCCGGGAGGGAUCAGGAGAAUGAGCGGAGGUGGUGGACAGAUUUCUGUCUACUCGUCCCCGAGAAUUAAUACUCCGGGCGCAACUGCUGCGAGUACUGCAACUACUACCCUUCGCAUUCCACAGCCCCGGACGAGCUUCUAUGCGGGUUCUAGUUCCUCACAACUGGGGCUGAUGUCAGAUCAUGCCGCAGAUUUUACGCCGUCACACCACCACGACAUCAAAGUCAACUACUUCACGAAUCGUGCUUCCCUGUCCUCAGCCAGAAGCCGACGGGAUUAUAGCCAAAACUAUACCCAGUCAAUCCACAGUGAAACUCUCUACCCGCUAAUUGGCACCGCGUACAACACUUUACACAACAGCGCGACCACCUUUGCAGCCUCCGCCCGGGCGGCGAAGAUGAAAAUUCGCGUUGGCAACCGCACGUCCAGUCCCUCCCUCUACAAAACCGAAACAGCCCGCACGACCCCCAUAUGAAUGUGUCAGGUUUGAAAUGGACAAAGUUGAAAUAAUUUGCCAUGCAUAAAAUGGAUGCCAGUUAGACCUGCAGUUUGUAGUCGGUGCAUGACAAAUUUUCCCGGUCCUGGAAGCGAGUCUGUCAUGCGGUUUAGGGCAAAAGAGCUGCCUUCUGUCAUGCUCGUCAGCAGUCCAACUUUUGACCCUUACCAGGACUAUGAUCUGCCUCCCUUGCGUCCUCUGCAAUAGAGUCAGUUUUUGUAUCGCAUUUUAUGCAUUACAAGUUAUUUCAACUUUGUCGAUUUCAACUCUGACACAUCCAUACCCCACCGCCGACAAGUACAUGCAGCGCCACGCGGGGACGUAUGCAGGAAAAAACACCCAUCCCCAUCCAAUUUGUCAUGCAAAACAUGCAUAAAAUCCACUAUUUGUCAUGCAAAAUAUGGAUGGGGAUGGGUGUUUUUUCCUGGAUAGGACGCCCUUCAGCCGGUUCCUGCACAGCCGUAGCCGGAUAUGGAAUGCGAAUUUAUUUUUAUUCCUGUACAGAUACAAGAUUGAUACAUCACAAAUUAUUUCGCGAACUUACUUUACUGAUAGAAGAAGCGUACCCCUACAUGUCAUGCUCUGAAUAGGAUUUUUCUUGUAUGUGCACCGGAUGAAAUUUCCUGUGGAUACCGGAGCAGAACGCCACUAAACGGAAGUAACUUGUCCGGGGCUUUUGGCGGGGAGAAAAUCACGCUGGAGUCGCCUACUUGUCGUUCGGACCGAAGAGUGCUCCAGGGGAACUACGACUCUGCGUCAGCUCUGAUUGUGCGGGAUUUUGUGGACAAAACGAACACCAGUUUUGAUGCGGUGUUUGGCGCCGGCGAUGAUAUUACGGGAAGAAGUGGGCCGACGUCGAGGACAACUGGGGAGCGGGUGCAAGAGGUGCCGUCGGUGUUGAACAAUACGUCGAACUUCGGUCUUGAUCGGGCGGAUGAUCGAUACAACUCCGGUACUACAACUAGCAGAACAUCAUUUCUUUCUCCAUCGCCAUCCUCACGAAGAAUAGGAAAAAAUAGCGACGCGCACUGUUUUGCUCCGCAGAAUCGUGGUGGUCGUGGAGGAGCAGGACAACUGUCCUCCUCUUUCAUCACCUCUUCAAUGAACCAGCACGAGGACCAAAUCGUGGAUCACGUGCGGCAAAACCUGACGAAAAUCCGGCAAAAUCACUUCCGGGAUUUGGAGCAGAUUUUGAGUCCGCCGGGGAAGCGGAUUCUCUCUGCUUUUGAUGACCAUAAUCGGGACCACCUGCGAGGUCCUCUUGCCAGGGGAAUGCGGGGUAGUGGACGGAGCGACUUUUUCUAUCGGGCGUAGGAGUGAACGACGAGUAGAUGCGGAGGGGGAUUCCGAUGUGAAUCCGAUUCACGUUUGUUUCAUUCGGAAUGGAACAAAGAACGCAUGGUCCAUGAUUUUGAUCUCCACCACUGCCGCGUGUUGAGCUCUUCCUCGUCCUGUAUGCUUUUUGAAAAAGUGCUAGGUACUGACUGAAACUCAAUAUCUGCAUAAACAUGACCAGAUUCACAUGAAGAGCUUCCUUGAGAAUAAUGCGGUUGCAAAAUUUAGGUGAUUUUUUGAUAAUGCUAGAGAAGCGCGGAAAAAAAGACAAAGACUAUGAUGAAGAAAAGGAAAAAUCAUUGCACGCCGCACGACCCAUCGGGUUCAGAAGCAUCACCAAAUCUCAAACUUCAAAUGCAUCAAAUGUAGUACUUGUUUCGCGCCACACGAUUGUUGUGGUCACAGAAAAUAUUUAUAUAGAUGCAACUAUACGAAACUCCGCAAGUUGUGGCAGAUUUCCAACUCGAAAG